AUGGCACCUCACGAUGGCCUCAUCCACCCCAAAGAAUACGACAUCAAAGACAGCAACGUCGAGCUAAUCGGCACCGACCUCGACCACCGCGUCAAAUACAAUUCAGCCCUCACCGAGCCCGCCUGGCAAAACAUCACCCAGGCACCAGGCCUCAACGUCUGGCGCAUCGAAAACUUCCAAGUAGUCCCCUGGCCGAAAGAGAAAACCGGUCUAUUCUACGACGGCGACAGCUUCAUCGUUCUACACACCUACAAAGUCGGCGACGACAAGCUCGCCCACGAUAUCUUCUUCUGGCUCGGUAGCAAAACAACACAAGACGAAGCAGGCGUCGCUGCGUACAAGACGGUCGAGCUGGAUGAGUUCCUCCAUGGCGCUGCGACGCAACACCGCGAGGUCCAGCAACACCCCUCUGACGAGUUCCUUGCUUUGUUCCGGAAUUACGGGAUCCGGUCGGGUGGUGUGCGCUCCGGGUUCACGCAUGUUGAGCCGGAGGCUCGUGCGGAUGUAUUGACGCUACUGCGUGUUUUCAAACACCCCGGUAUUGGACGUGUUGAUUCGCUGAUCGUGCAUGAGGUCGAGCCGACGUGGGAGAGUCUCGAUGAGAAUGAUGUCUUUGUUUUGGAUAAGGGGGAUAAGAUCUGGGUGUGGCAGGGGAAGAAGUGUAGUCCGAUGGAGAAGGCUAAGGCGGCGCAGGUGGUUAAUGACAUGACGCAGGCGAAGCAUGUUGAUGUUGAGGUUUUGUCACAGCUUGAGUCUAGGUCGAAGAUCUUUGUUGAUUUGCUCGGUGGGAGGGAUGCUGCUCCGUCGACCUUGGAAGCGUCCAGACCUGGGCGGUUUGCGAAGAGGGGUGCGACUGAAAGUGUUCGUUCGCGCAAGCUUUUCAGACUGAGUGAUGCGUCUGGGGAAUUGUCUUUUGAGCUUGUUAAGGAUGGGGAGCGGGUGGAUCGGGGGGAUUUGGAUGGGAAUGAUGUUUUCCUCUAUGAUACUGGGAACAGAGUCUGGGUUUGGCAGGGUUCUGAGGCUAGCGCGAGUGAGAAGGCGAUGUGGCUCAAGGUUGCGCAAUUCUAUGUUCGGAAGAUUCAGGAGAGUCAGGAGUCUUCUGAGGCGUAUCUUACGCCGAUUUCGAAGGUUGCGCAAGGUUACGAGAGUCCGGCUUUCUUGAAGGCUUUGGAGGUCUAG